CGUGUUCUUCGGUAAACAACAAUACUAUUAAGUGCGUAAUUACAAUAAUAUCAAUUAUUAUAAAUUGUAGGAGAGGAUACGGGCAGCAGAAACAUAUAAUAUUAUGCCAAAAGUCACUCCAUUACUCCAGUUGUCUAUCACAACAGUAUAUAAGUUUUUGAAAGACUCAUCUCGUUUGAAAUUUACUCGCGUACAAAUACGUAGGUACUAUUGUUUAUUUCUCAACAGUAUAAGUGGUGAAGUUUAAUAUUCCUGUUAAGUAGGUUUUUCGUUUCCCAAUAUACAAUGGACAAUAUUUAAGGCUGUCGUUCAGGUAAGAAAUUUCUGAUAAUAAAUUACGGGAUUUAAAAUCCGGAAUGACCGAGAAUCCAGGUUUUUCGAAAUCCAAAAAUUGUUGUAUGUAAAUCUUCAAUUUUGAUUUUGAAAAUUCUGAUUUUUAAUUUUUUUUUUUUUUAGAUAUUUUUAAUAUUGACAUUUUUUUAUCAAAUAUCAACAGUAUAUAUAUAUUUAAAAUAGUCAUAACCAGAAAUGAAUUUAGUAUAAUUGAUAUGUAAAAGAGAAAAAAAACACAUGGCAAAACAUUACAAUAUGUUAGUAUAAACAAUUGAUAUUAAAAAAAAAAAAUAUUGAAAUACAAAGAUCGGAUUUACAGAUUAAUUAUAUAUAUUAAUUUGACUGAAAUAUUUAGAGCACUUAAAUAUUACAUAAACUGUUGCUUUAGUUUUCGGCAAAUUCGGCUUUUAUUAUCUACCAUGAAAUGCAUUGUUUUAUACUACAAGUAUAAUUUAUACAGCUGAUCAACAUAACGCAAGACACUUAUUCUACUUUACACAGACUGAGUAGAACUCACUAAAUUUUGGUUUUAGAGUAAAAUCACAUAUUAUAAAAUUAAAAGAAGAUAAUAUUCUCAAAAGCAAAACGAUGGGUUUUUCAUAUUAUUUUAAUUAUUAUUCCAAAUUAAAUUUCCAAGCAUUUUUAUUUAGUCUUACAAGUGUAUUCACAGAGUACCUACUAAAUACAAAUUACUUACAAAAUUCGCAAAAUGAAAAUGUUUAUUAAUGGCCAUAUAUAGCUAAAAUUUGCUGAAAAUUGUAUCAUGUCAAGAAAAGAUAAAUAUAAGUUUUUUGGUUUAAAUUUAAAGUUCCUGCAAAUUCUUCUCAACAAAAAACAAAAUUGAAAAUAAUAAAAAUAUUAUUUUCGUAAAAUUUCCCGUUUUAGCCGGAAUUUUCCCAGAUAUAAUGAAAACCGUUUGAAAAAUCUAGAAAAUGACCUUUUACGAUCUAGACAAUAUUUGACAUCUAUUUUAUACAUUUCAGAAAAGGUGCUACACUUACAUAUCGAAGCAAGAUUUUUGGUAGAAUUUUUUGUAACAGUAUAAAAAAAAUAAAUAUCAUUGUAAAACCAAUACAUACUUCGCUACACUCAGAAUCUAAAACUGAACAAAAAUCAAAAUCAGUAUUGAUAAUUUAAAAUCCUAUAACUAUAAAUAUUAUUCUAAAACACGUGGUGAUAUGGGUAACCACAGUUACCACACGUCGAUUGAGUUGAAAUAUUUCAACUGUAUGGUAACCCGUGGUAGGUAUAUGAUAGUUGAAAACAUAAACUGGCUAAUUUAGUAACAACAUUUUAAAUGGUCGACACAAAAAACCUGUAUACACCAGUAGUGAAAUCGCAGCAUACAAUUGCGUCCCGAUAAUGUUUAACAACUACACUAUAAUUACGUCCGAUAUAAAUACAUUAUUUUCCUUCCUAUUUAAUAAAGAAUUAGGUUUGACAAUAGAAACAUAAAACAUUAUAUUACUAGAGGUAGGUGAAACAUAUUGUUUUCCAUCGUUUCGUGAUUAUGUACAUCAAAUAUAUUGUUUUCGUCGUUAAUUUAUUAUUAACUAAUUAAAAAAAAAAUGAUUUAAUGAUAUAAUCAAAAUGUGUUAUUUCGUUCAUGUCGCGUGUCGUAUUUAAUCAUUGGUUUUUUUAAAAAUUCUUAUUUUUCACAUAUUUGACGUCUUAAUUUCUUUAUUUCAACACUACUACGAAAUUUGAUGUAAGUAUUUUAUUGUACGUUUUUAAGUUCACCAAUACNUUACGUCCGAUAUAAAUACAUUAUUUUCUUUCCUAUUUAAUAAAGAAUUAGGUUUGACAAUAGAAACAUAAAACAUUAUAUUACUAGAGGUAGGUUAAACAUAUUGUUUUCCAUCGUUUCGUGAUUAUGUACAUCAAAUGUAUUGUUUUCGUCGUUAAUUUAUUAUUAACUAAUUAAAAAAAAAUGAUUUAUAAUUAUAAUAAUAAAAAAAAUAUAGGCAAGAUUAGGUUAAUGUAUUAUUAUAUUAAAAUGUUAUUAGUAUGUUAUACUAUUAUUAUUUAUAGUUGGGUAAAAAUUUGAUUGAUACAAUUUUGAUAUAAUCAAAAUGUGUUAUUUCGUUCAUGUCGCGUGUCGUAUUUAAUCAUUGGUUUAUUUAAAAAUUCUUAUUUUUCACAUAUUUGACGUCUUAAUUUCUUUAUUUCAACACUACUACGAAAUUUGAUGUAAGUAUUUUAUUGUACGUUUUUAAGUUCACCAAUACAUUUGUAGAUAUUUGAACGAGCAGAAAAAACACAGUUAAAUUUUGAAUGGAAAUCUUCAGAUAUAUUUGUUGUCCGUGUAAUUGAACUUGAAUACAUUGCCCAUAAAGAAGAAAGAAAGUUCGCAAUUGGAGGCUAUAUACGUGUUUAAAAUAUAAUCUGUAAAUGUUUGUACGAUUUGAUUUUGUGAUAAAAUUGAUAUACAGUAAAAUGGUAUUCUACAUCUUCAGGUUUCAAAAAGGAGAGACCAAAAAGUAUUUUGAAGUAAUUACUUAUUUAUGAUUUUAGCUUAUAUUCAUUACUCAAACUUAUAGAGCUUGAAUUUUUCUCCAUCAACUCUGGCCCAAAUAGAAUUGGCAUCCUUUUGAUUUGACGGAUAGUCAAACAAAUAAUACUGCCUAGUGAAUUUUCGGUAAAAAAUGAAUUAUAUUUUUUAUACAUUCUGAAUUCGGAUGAAGAAAUGCUCUCUUGUAAGUUUCUACAUUUUUGUUAAUUAAUAAAAAGAAAACUAAUGGUCUAUAAUUUCCAUUUGAUUAAUCGUGAAUCGUGAAAAAUUGUGUAAAUAACUUAGGAGAACUUAAAAGUUCCAUGUUCCAUCAAUUAGUAUUGUAUCAAGUUGACUUAAAAACUUCAAAUUAAUAAUUGUUGAAAAACUUGUUUAUUAUCCUCAUAGUUGUUAACAAAUAGAAACUUUUCACCUUGAUUACUUUUGAUAUUUUCUUUCAAUGAAUUAUGUAAAUCUAAUACAUUAUUUUAGCAGCUUGGGAAUUACAGAUGCUCGGGCAUGGUGUAUAUUUUUAUGAAUUAAAGAUAAAUCAUAACUGGUCAAUGGAAUAAUAAAUAAUAUGCCCAGAAUUUUUUAUUGUGGGCUCUUUUAUAGUUGACGCCUAACAAUAUUGAAUCGGGUAACUCGUCAAAAUUUCGCAGUUAAAACGCUAUGAGUUCACAGAUGUCAUCGUUUUUACAUUUAGUUAGGACAAUUUACUAUAAAAAUAUGUAAAUGUUUAAAUAGAUAUUGUUCACAAGCGACUGUUCCAUUUAAAUGGGUACGCUCAUUAUCUUGGAAAGUAUUAAAUUUUUCAGAAUUUGUUUUAUAGAACAUUCAAGAAACAAGCAGUUCUAAAAUUUCACAUUUAUGUUUUUUUCCAUAACUCUUACUUUUGGUAAGCACUACCACUAGGUAGUGACCUACUUUUGAUUUUCAAACAGAAACCAGAAAAUUAUUUUCAAAAAAUAAUGUAUUAUUACGAAUAUCAAUAAAUAAUAUGAUAUUAUUGUAAGACUGUUCAUGACACAAAAAAAUCAAAAAAAAAAAAAAAUCUUUGUAAAACUAAUACAUUCUUCGAUAUACUCAGAAUCUAAAAGGUAAUCUUACUCAAAAAAAAACAUUAAAGUCUCAAAAUCAUCUCAAGGUUCACCGUGGAAAUUAAACACUUGAGACUUUAUACAUGGUUUUAUAUUCGGUUAGGUUAGGUUACUUUUAAGUGGUUAAUGUCACCUUUUUUUUAUUUAUUAUCUUCCUUUGAUUUAACUACUACAGAUCAAUGUCAAAUGUUAUCAUCAGACGACAUAUUUAGACCGAUUAAACUAUAGAAAUGAAGUUAAAAUGAGCUGUAUAAAAUGGAGUACAAAACAAAUAUUUAUAAAAUAAAUUUAUUCUGUGUGUAUUGACUAUGAAAUAUGUUUCGUGUGAUUAACUGUGUAAAACAAAUUUUCCAUAUGUGUCACCUGCCUAAGUGACAACCGUUUUGUAUUAUUUGCAUACGAGUUUAAAAAAUUGUAUGAAAAACACAAAAUAAUUUAUACUUAAAGCGAUUGAAAGUUAUUCGUUUUUUAUACAUUUAGAGUUUAAAUAAAUGAUGCAAUCCAAUCCUUUGACGCAUAAUAUUACCGAGAAAAAAUAAUACCAACAUUUGGAAAAUAGCAUUACAAAUCUAAAAUGUUUUAAAUAUGAAAUAUUAUGAUAAUUUUACAUUUGGAAUCCAUGAUGCUUAAAACAAAUUUUAAGCUUGUUUUUUUUUACUUGUUUCGACUGUAUUCUAAAAUAAUUAGAACAUACUGCAGAAUCUGCAAGUCCAAAUCGAUUCUUUUUAACCCCUAGGUUUUGAUUUUUUAGUGGUAUAAUGAUCCAGACAGGUGCGGGGACAACGACUCAAGCCGAGACCGAUGCGACACUCGGGAAACACCGAACAGUCCUGACGGAAGACAUGGUUCGAAAACGAAAGAAAAGCACUAUGGCCGAAGAAGAAUUAUCUCGGUUGCCGUACAGCAAGUCCAAAAUCAUUUGGUCGAAUGUCUUAUAUAUUGUGAUUCUUCAUGGUCUGGCCGUCAGAGGUUUAUUUUAUUUGCCCACCGCUAAAUAUCAAACGAUAAUUUUUGGUGAGCGGGUUUCACAUAGUACAUAAGGAUGCACGUUUUGCAUUAGACAUAAUUUAUUAACUAUUAAUUAAUUAAUUAAUUAUUAAUUCAUAAAUUUAAACGUUUAAAACAAUUGAAACGUACAAGCUCUUUGGUUUUGCAUUAUUUUAAUUUUUUUUUUUUAAUCAUGUCAAAUAAUUUUUAGAUAUCUUGUAUCUUUUAGUGUAACAAAAUACUCGAUAUGGUACAGAGGUAUAUUUAAGAUUUCGCAAUGAAGGGAAUUGUUGAGUAUAGAUGUAAUUGUGAGUAAUUGUGUCAUAACAGUAUGAGCAAUACAAUUAAGCUAUAUCGCGUAACCCAGUAACCCACGAUAAAAAAAAAUUAAAUUAUUAAUUUAUAUUUUAUAUUUAACUGUUAAAUAUUUAUAAAUCUCCAUUAAAAAUUAUUCAGUGUAUUUACUAUUUAGGCAUUGAUAGUAAUUAUCGAAGUUCAAGCAAGAGGAAAAAUUAGUUAACAUUUGAAAAUCCCCUCUAUCUAAAAUACUUAAACAAAGUCUAAACAAAUCUUCCUAGUUUUAGAUUCUGAGCGCAGUGAGGAAUAUAUUAGUUAUAUUAUAAUGUGUUUUUUGUCUGUCUGUAAACAACUACCUAUAAUUCUACAUUAAAUAUUUCUCCGAUUUUCAAGAUAACCAUAUUUCUGGAUGUGAAUUUUGACUAGCAUGUGUUUUAAUAAUGGAAAUUUAUUGUUUUUGCAAUUUAUUCCAGGUUUUUCAUAAUUAUUGAGAACAAUUUAACAGAAAAUAAAAUAUCAUAGCAAUGCAUAUAUCAUAGGAAAACUAAUAAAUUCUUCGUUACACUCAGAAUCUAAUUUGACAGUCAUUAGGAUAAUAGAUAUAGGGUAGGAUAUAGGAAACAGGAUGGAAACUAUAUAUUCCUAAUCUUUCUCCUCCUAAGUGCCUACACUAUUGAUACCGUGAUAAAAAGUAUGUCGACGUAGAAUAUGAAAUAUAAUUGAAUCAUUGACCGUUGAAUCAAUGGUGAUACAUACACAAUACCUGUGAUACUGUCCAAAUUUGAUUAUUCUCCGUCGCUCCGAUAAAAUAUAAUUUUGUUUGCAGCUUAUAUAGUCGCCGGUAUCGGAGGAUUCGGUGUUACUGGCGGGGUACACAGGUAUUUCACGCAUAGGUCGUUCAAAGCGAAAAUACCACUGCAAAUUCUACUCCUUGCGUGUUAUACAGUGUCGGGACAGGUAUUAUUUUAUUUUCCGGUUUUCGAUAUGAUUUCGUUCGUUUGAUUUUGAUUUUUCGCGUUAUAAUACGUUACCGCUAUGCAGAACACUGUACCGGACUGGGUCCGCGAUCACCGGGUGCAUCACAAGUUCAGUGAAACGAAUGCCGAUCCACACAACGCGAGUAGAGGUUUUUUCUUCUCGCACGUCGGUUGGCUGAUGCAACGGAAACACCCAGAGGUUUCUAAACGCGGAAGGACCGUCGACAUGUCCGACAUCACCAACGAUCCCGUGAUACGAUUCCAUACAAAGUAAAACAAAAUAUAUUAUGUGAGAAAAAUGCGUAUUAUUGGAAUAUCUAAAUAUUACGGUUGACAAUUAUCGGGAAAUUAUGAUUAUAUAGAGGACAUUAGUGAACUGUAAAUUAUAAUAUAAUUACUAGUAUAAAAUGAGAAUAGUAAUUAUUAAGUACAAUAUUAUAAUGUUAUUAAUCAAUGUUGGACAGAGUCUAGUAAAUGUUGUAGUUUCCGCAAUGACAGCAGACAAUUAAGACUAUUAUAAUAAUAGAUAGAAAAUUCAACAUUGGGCGAAUAGUAAAUUAUAAUGUUAUUACUAAUUCUGUAUAUUAGAGAUUAUCAAUAUUAUUAAGUAUAAUACUAUACUGUUGGUCAUUAUUAUUUACCACUAGAUACAUUUAAUUAAUCGGUAAUCGUUUCCUAAGAAUUGAAAACAUUUUGAUAAAAUAUUUCUUUUAUUAUAUUUUUUUUAUUUAGAUACUUUACGCUGCUCAAGUUACUAUUGUGUUUUAUCUUGCCGAUAGCGAUACCGGUGUUAGCAUGGACCGAAAACUUUAUCGUAUCCGUAUUCGUAGCCGGUUUUCUGCGGUACGUGUAUAACUUGAAUGUCACGUGGUCCGUAAACAGUGUGGCUCACAUUUGGGGACACAAGCCGUACGACAAGUAUGUAGCCUAUUGUAAUAAUCAUGGUUCGGGACUUCAAACGUUUGCUUAUUUUUACGACUUAUCAUAAAAUCUAGCUGAAUGCUAUGGAAACCCAUGUCAUGUUACAACGAUCUCAAACAUGAAAAUUGAAAUUGAUUUUUUUAAGCUUAUUUCGGUUGUUUUUAAACAAAUUGAUAUUUUCUAGUUUUUCUGAUUAUUUUUGAUUUUUCGCAUAUCUCUGCUUAAUUGCUUUAACUAUGACACGUACCACUGACAAAAAACCUAAACAUUUUGGUUAAUUUCUCCGAUUUUCUCCGGUUUUAGAUUCGGAGCGAAGCGAGAGAUAUUCUGAUAUUCUCAUUGAUAUUCGAGUUAAUGAGAAAAAAUUGGUUUUUUAAAUUAAAAAAGAUUAAAAUAUUAAAAAUAAAGUUGUCAAAGGCAACCAUUUUUAUUUAUUUUUUGUUAUUAUUAAGUGUUUAUUAUUUUAAUAUUUUUUAAACAUUCAUUGUUGUCAUGGAAUCGCAUAUUGUUGUAAUCAUUUUACCAUAAUAGGACAUGUACCAUUAUAUAUGAUAUUAUUGACAAAGUAACAUUAUCAACCGAAGUCUACUCAGAAUGGUUUUUACGUUAGCAAUGGGUUAUCGUUGCUUACAGAUAUACAUUAAAUUUCGUCUGUAUCCUAUCUUCCAAACUUCCCAUCCAUAACAGUGGCUGCAACUACGUGCGAAGUAUCUCCGUCCUAUGUUAUUAUGAUAGAUAGUGUUCCAUGAAGAUAUGCCCAUUGCAAGAUCUCCUGAGAUGAUAAAGAUAAUCAAAUUUUGUUUUAUUACAUUACUUACGGGGAUAAGGACUAAAGAUAUGUGUAUUUGAAUUACAUUAUUAUGUUUUGGUAAUAACUAAUAACUUUUCGUUUUAUUAUAAUUGAAAAUUUGGUGUUUUUAAAUAAUUUUUUAAAGUCCAGAGAAAAAAAAAGUCUACAGUUAAUUACCAAUAAUAAUAAAAAUAACGUUCAAUUAUAAAAUACAAUUACAGCUUGCCGCAUAUAAUUAUAGGUAAUCGUAAUACUAAUUAAUAUAAAAUAAUUAUUAUUAUUAUAACUAAUAAUGACUGUACACUUUUUUUUCUUUUAAUAUUAUUACGAAAAACCUACGAAUAGAAAUAAUAAAUGAAUAAUAAUAAACUCUCCUUUAAAAGUGUUGUCUUUUAGAAAAUAAUAAAAUUAUAAAGUUAUUUUUUUACAAAAACAUAAAAAUUUAAUGCAAAUUUAAAUGUUUGUAAUCUUUAUCCCUGUCAGUAAUAUAUACAUAUAUAAAACAAUGUGAUUACAAUUAUUAUCUCCGGAGAUAUUACAAUGGUUAUCUAUGCCUUCGUGGGGGCAUACUGUUUUUAGAACUAUUUACUAAAAUUAUUUUUUCUGCUGCACAGGCGCAUUCAGCCGGUGCAAAAUUUAAUCGUGUCAGUACUAUCCCUGGGUGAGGGCUGGCAUAACUAUCAUCACGUGUUCCCAUGGGACUACAGAGCGGCCGAAAUCGGCGGAUAUUUGCUGAACACUACUACGAUGUGGCUAGACUUUUUCGCCGGUUUGGGCUGGGCGUACGAUCUCAAGACACCGUCCGAGCACCUCGUCCAACAAGUGGCCGUUAAUCACGGCGACGGGAGUUGGCAAGUGUCUGAUAAUACUGGAAGUUACAAUACUGGAAAGUGAUACCAGUUUCCGAAAAAACGAUAAGGAGUGAUUAGGAAAACCGAUUUCGAAGAAUUUAAGGCCAACCUAAAAUUUUCCAUUAUUUUAUGAAACGUACAUUGUCAGCAUUAAGUGAUAGUAAUGAUUAAAUUAAAGUAAUUCCGUGAAAACAUUAACGUUUCAAGAGUUUACUAUAAUUUUUAUGUUCUCAAACGAGUUGUAUAUUAAUUAAACGUUAGUGACAGUACGAUGUUUUUGAUUUUUUUUAACGUCAACUAAGGUAUAAAUAUAUCAAAAAAACUCAUGGGACUAAUAAAUUUAUCUAAUGACAUUUUUUUAGUNAAUUUCGGUAAACGCGAUUAUUUUAUUUACUGUUUCUAUUUUAUAUUAUAUUUAAUUGUACAUAAUAAUAUAUUUUGUGGUAUUUUUUUAUUUGAUAUGAUGAAGUCGUAAGAUUUUUAGCGGAAUGAAUAAUUUGGCAAGGCAAGAUAUUGGCAAGGCUGGGCAUUGACGAGUUAAUAAGUUGAAAGUUAAGUUUAUUUCAACUUAUUCAUUUAGCUUACUAGUUUGAUAUUUUAAUUAACUUAACUUUAACUUAACUCAUUUGCCUCUACAUUAACUUGAAAUAAACUUACAUUUUUUGUAUUAUUCCCAAUUUAAUGAAUAUUAUAUACAAUAUGAAUUUUCAUAUUAUUCGGAAAAAUAAUCUAUUUAUUACAAUUGAUCAUUUAAAAUAUUAAAAGUUCUUAAAUUUAAGGGUGACUAGAAUGUGGAGAAACAUUAAUGUAAAAAAUUAUGAUAUUAACACAUUAUAAUUAAUACAAUUAAAAUAAAUACAUAUAAAUUAAUAAUAAAAAUAGUACAGGUAUUCAAAAUAUUGUACUCGCGAUUGAACUGAGUUAUAUUUGUAUGAUAUGCAUUUCACAAAUGUCAGCGAAUACAUUUUUUUUCCAAAAUAUUGUUAGAUUUUAUUUUUAAUAAAUUUCUGGCCCAGAUUUAUUUUCAGAUUUUAGAUAUAUACUCUGUUCACAAUUUCCACUCUUCUACCUUUCCAAUCUUCCCAACGACGUGCGAAGUCAUUCGGAUUUUUUUUAAAAGGUUUUAUUCUUAGUGCAAUUUACGAAACUCAAUUUACACAACUUGGGCUCACACAGCUGAUUUUUAACAACUAGAUCUAACGGAAAAUUAGAGCUAGUAUACGAAAAUCAAAGACUGAACUUAAACAAAUUUAAAGAACAAAGCAACAUAAUAUAACUAAUUAUUUAUUGUUAUUUACAAUUUAUAUAUUAAUAAAUGCUAUUUUUUUCUUAUGUGUCAAUAGACUUUUAUCAGUGAUCUGUUAAAGAUUUAAAUAUUGUUGUUUUAGAAUCCAGUUCAAUUUCUAUCGUGUAAUUUAUUGAUCUAUUGUGUCUUACAUACUAUUCCUAUUAUAUAUUUUUUUUUAUGUACCUAUUCACCAGUAGCUAUUAUUUGUUUCAGUGGAAUUUUAUUUCCAUACUUAAAACCUAAUGUAAAUGCAUAUUUGUGUCAUUAUAAUUAUGCAUAACAAUGCAUUACGGCACUAGAAAAUUGUUUAAUAAACAUACCUAUAAAUACCUAAAUACUACGUGUGUUAAAUUACUAAAAGAUAUGUAAUAUAUUUUUUAAUUAUAUUUAGUGGUCCCUUUUUAGCUAUACGUUUUGCAAUCGUUACAUUUAUUUUAUAAACCUAUCCUCUCACCAAACGUAGUUAAUAUUUUAUCAUCUAUUUUAAGACUAAAACAAUUAUAUUAUUAAAUUUUUGUAUUCUUAAUGUAGUUAAAAUUACAAAAUAUAUAGUAUGCUUAGAUUGCGGUUUUAGAAAUUUUAUAAAAAAAAUUGUAUUCAAAAUACAUAUUAUUUUACUUAACCAUAAUAAAUAUUUAUUCAAGUAAAAUUGUAACUAUAUUGUAACAAAACGUAAUAUAUUUAGUAUAUGAUGUUUAAUGGUUAGCAAAGUUCACUUUUUAGAAUUUUAUUUUGCAUCCAAC